GUACUUCUACUCUCAAAAAUUUGUGAUUGGUGAUGUGAUGUUGUGAUCUAGCGGCUUUUCAUGGAUUUUAUUAAAUAACUGUUACAAGAUACAAUGGUUGUAAUUGAUCUAAAAGUUAAUAAAAGUCUGUUAGACUUGAAAUUUGAAGGCUAUAAAUUGUCACUAAGUCCAAUUCCUGUUCUUAAGCAACCUUUACUGGAUGGUGUAAAAUGUGUUGCAUUAAACAAUGAUGAAUAUAGUUUUAUUCAAACCCGUAUGAAUCUUUCUUUAAAUCAUUUAUUUCAAGACCCAUGGAAUCAAAACAGUGUCUUUUAUGUAAAUGAAAGAAACUCUGUGAUCUGGACUGCUUUAGGACAAGAUGGACGUUUAUCUAGUGCUCGAUGUGUUUGGGAAAUCAGUUCGGAAGUACUGGAUGAGGGUAAUAUCACUAUCUUGUUUCCUAGUGUGGAUUGGGCUAUCUUAUGCAGUGGCAAAGGCUGCCUCUUUGUGCUUUACACUCCUAGUCGAGCAGCAGGAGAACCCUGGAUGUGUUAUUCUACUUUUGAUCUAAAAAUGAAAAAUACUUGUUAUUUGUUGCAUACUACUCAUCGUAAUACUCCUGGAGGUCAACAGUUAGAUUGUGUUGUUGCAACAUCUGAACACAAAUCGAAUUUGCCAAAUGAUUGUUUACUAACAGAAGUCAAUACUUUUGUUUCAUUGCUGCAGUGGAUCUCUUUAAAUUGUGGCCAAAACAAUCAGGAAUGGAUGAUAAGAAGAACUCGAAAACUAGCUGGUCUAUCUUUUCCUGAAUAUGUUGCGAUUGAUAAUAUUCAAGAUGCUAUAUGUGUAGUUUCUCAGAAUGAUUUUGAAUUUUACUUUGAUUCUAAUGGAUCAGUUAAUGUUCCUCAAGUUUCUGAUAAGAAAGCCCCUGAUUCACCUAAAUAUACCUACAUUCAGACUCCUGAUGAUGUUACUGCUUACUUCCGUGUUCCAACUGACAUUAAGAAGAGUGAUAUUCAGAUUAACUUGCAACCUUUGAACAUAGAAGUUUUAAUCAGAGGAAAAAGUGUAUUGGCUGGUCAAUUCUCUAACACUAUUGAUUCUAGUUCUAGUACAUGGAUUUUAGAUGGAGAAAAACUAGAAAUUAUUUUAUAUAAAGCAGAAGUUGGUUUAAUGUGGAGAGAGCUUGUGAAAGGAAAUAAUGAAGGUGAAGAACUUAUGGAUAAAGCACUUGUUGAUGAAAUACAUGCUCGACUUGCUCAUCUAACUUCAAGUGAAGAAGUCAUGCCAAGUAGCAAAGUACCAUUCAACUUAGAUCAGUUAGAGGAAUGUGAUUCUUCAGAUGAACAAUUGACUUUUCAAAGAAUUGAUGGCAACGAGCAUUGUGAAACUCAUAAAAUUAAUUUAGGUGGGCAUCAGUGGCUAUUUUCGGAACAAAUUCAUCCUGAAAAUCUUCCUGCUAUCUGUCUAAGGUAUGAUGUUGAUGGUAUUCUGUGGCAGCCAAAAAAUGUUUCCAGUGAAGGUGAAUUAGAGAAUUUCAAGAUGGAGCACUCUACUACAUUUUCUGCUUUGGGUUAUGUAUCAGCUUCUAAACAAGAUAAAAAAUUCACUGCGUGUUGUCCUGAUUACCAAUAUGCAGUAAUUUCUGACUGUGCACGUCACUUGUAUAUUUACUGUCAGCCUGAAAGUUUACAUUCUGCUUUGGAGCUUCGAAAUCGUAAAACUGGAGAAUCCAUUGCUCAUAUAGCAAAACAAUAUGUUGUAUCUCUCGAAGAAUGUGAUAGAAUUUUGGGUUUGCGAGCAUGCUCUCAAUGUAUAUUUGUUUUAAGUAAAGAUACGUUGUAUGCUGUUAAAGUUGCAUCAAAAUGAAUUUCAUUCUUAUGAAUGUUUUUGUGUAUAAAUUUUAGGAACAUAAUAAAUGCAUUUUUUUAGAUCA